UCUCUCCUCCCUCCCCCGUUACUCUCUGCCUCGAGAGCUGCUUUUUGAACACAGCUUUUUUUUCCACCUCCUUUCCCCGAAUCCACCUCCUUAUUUGCAGACGUUUAAGUCAAAUGCGACUUUUUUUUUCCACCCCCAGUUGAGCCUGUACCAGGGUUUACAUUGCAUUUGGUUGGGUGGUGAAGUAGGUCUUUCCCAGUUCAGUGCAUUCGCAGGUCAUUCCAGGACAUUUGGGUUAAGACUGCAAGGAGCGUGUCCAAGGGUUCAGUGCUUUCCUGGGGCUGUGGUCCUUGUGGCUGCUCUGUAGGACAGUACAUGUUCUAUUGCUCAUUUGGUCUCAGAUCUUCUUGUGCAAAUAUUCCGAUUCAGGAACCUGAUGCUGCUGGACAGGUGUAACUAUUUUGUUGCAUUGUUGUAAAUUGCCUUUGCAUAAGCAUUGGAGGUGGCAAAAAGUGCCUUGUUUGGAGUCCAUGUUCCAGUUGGUGGUUGGACUGAGAAUCGGGGAUUAUUUGCAGCGUCCAGGAUCAAGAUCUGUGGCAAACGCUGGUGGUGGCCGCAGGGAGGUUGGGAGGGUUCUGUCUACACUAACCUGUUGCUAAGCACACUGGAGGCGGAGAUGGCUUCACAGCGGCACGUCUGUUAGCCAAGGUCCCUUGCACGAGGACCUGGAUUAAGCAGCUGGUACUGAGUUAGCCUGGUACGAGGCAUUGGAUUUGGAGCUCAAAAACAUCAAGGUGGCUGGCACGUCACAAGCUGUAGUGCAAAGAUCCUUCCACCACGCUGAAGGCAGAUGCCCGCCAGAUAGCUGAUGAGGAAACUCUGAGGCUUGGGGGCAACAGCUGCUGGAAGGUGUUACUUGGAGUUCGAGUUUGUGAACACGCAUUCGUACAUCCAGUGCCUGGAAUCCACCUUGAUCGGCUUGCAGAGAGAUUUGAGGAAUGGAUCCGCUGCAAUUUGCGGAUCAUUUAAAAGAAGAAGGAAACGAAGCAUUUAAGCAACAUCACUACACAGUUGCCAUCCAGAAGUAUGACCAGGCAAUAAAGAUCCUGCACCAUUUUUUCAAUCAUGGAAGUGAAUUGGCUGUGUUGUUUUGCAACAAGUCAAAUGCCUUGUGUAAGCUGCAAAGAUGGCAAGAUGCUUUUCACUGUGCAAAUUACGCUAUUUCCAUGGACCCUAUGUACAUCAAGGGAUACUACUGGGCUGGCAUUGCUAUAUUCAGGUUAGGAAAUGAGCAGUCAGCUUGGGAGUUUAUUUGUCAAGGAUUGAACAUCUUGGACUAUGACAGAGAACAGUAUUGGAAUGACAUUACAGAUUUUAUAGUAGGGUUCCUGACUGUGGCUGAAAGUGGCUCUCCGGUGGUUAGAAUAUAUAUGAAUCAUGUGUUGAGCAAACGAUACAGAAGCCACAUUUGGCAAGUUGCUCUUGAAAAAGCAGCAAAGAAAAACUUGUGGAAGGCUAUUUAUUUUGUGCUUUGUGAGUUGAAGUAUAUUCCUGAAAACUACAGCGCCGCUUCGAUUUCGCUCAAGGAACUAUUUGAGUGGUAUCCGAGUCUCAGACCAAUCUCCAGGAUUACUUUGGUAACAAAACUGUUUCGUAUGUUAGUGAUUCAUGAAGCAAAUCUUGAUAGUAUUGGACCAUACCCUCUUCAUGCCAUCCUCAGACUUGCUCUAAAGGCUUAUGACAGAAAACUUCUUAAGUUUAUUAUUACCCAAAGACCACAACUAAGGCAGAACAUUAACCAAACGGAUGAAAAUGGCGCUUCCCUUUUAAACGUGGUCGCUUCCUAUCCCAUAUCUAGUGGAUAUGAGUAUGCUUGUCAGACUGAAGAUGUUCGCUUUCUCCUGCAGUUAGGAGUAGAUCCCCAAAUUCCUGAUAAACUAACCAAGCUUCCAACUGAUUAUCUGAAGAAAUGUAAGAACUUCAAAGCAAUUGAUGUAAUCAACAAGCACUCUGAAACAAUUUCAGCCACAGCCAGUGAGUCGGCAGAAGGAAUGAAUCAGAUGGAGGCAAACAGCAGGGGGUGUGCAGCUGUCACAUUUGAAGAGGCUACGGCUUGUUUUGUGCAGUUUUGCAGAUCAGCAACCAAGAAAGCCUGCAGGAACUUAUUAUCCCAAAGAGAAGUCCAGAUGUUUCUACAACAGUUGUCCACAUUCACAGAGAUUAACCCAGUCACUGUAUGUGAAAUUGACAGUAAUGUUGCAAGCACCAUGAUCAAGCAGCUUCUCGAUAAUCACAAAUGGCACGAAGCUUGGCUUUUGCUUCUUGGAGGAGGUAAUGGAAAGAGUCGAGGGCAGGGUGGUCUUGUUGUGAAGUGCGACUUCUCAGAUGUGGACCUUUCUACUGUCAUUGUUAAUCUUGACAAAUAUGAAAACAGAAAGAACUUGCUGCAGAACUUAAUAGAUCGAGGAGCCUUGCCUCGUGAUGGAAGUCGUCCAAUCCGACUGUCUUUGGAAAAGGAGGACUUUGAAGUUGUGCAUCUCUUAGUAGCCAAUGGGGCAGAUCCACAUGAUAUUUCUCUUACUCCAGGAGAUUCACCUCUUCAUGCUGCCAUCUAUAUUGCUCUGGAACACAAAGAUGAGUUUGGUUUGCACAUACUGAAAUUUCUGCUGAAGACGUAUAGUUCUGACCCCUCUGCAUUUCGGUAUCUUGAUCCCAACUGUCAGGAUGUUGAAGGGAAUACUGUAUUACACAAAAUAUUCCAGAAACCAUCUUCAAGAUAUAAUGAAGAAAUAAUGGAUCUGCUAGCAAAGUAUGAUAUCAAAAUCAAAAUGAAGAACAAGAGAGGGAAAGAGUUUACAUAUGGAAUUAAAAAGCAAGACCCUCGGCUUCUUAUGUGGAAUAAGGUUAGGUCACGUAACAGGAAGAAGAGAGAACAAACCGAUCAGAGCCAGAAGUCACAUUCUUCAAAGCUUGCGCAGAACGUCCAGAGCAGAAAGCAAUCCUCUCAGCAGAAGACCAUGGCAUGCGAUAAAGCAUCUAAUGUUGGUUUGGAGCAUCUUAAUUGUACCCUUCCCUCUAAACUGGAAAAUGAAGCAAACAAAAUAUUGACGAGAGAAGAAGUCCUGAUGUGUGAAAUUGCAAAAUUGAUACAACAUGUCAAUGCGAUUGAGACGCCAACAGAGGUGAGCUUUUCAAAGCCUUUGCUGCCUCAUGCAACAAUUGAAAAUGGACGAACAAAUAAAAAUGUAGAAACUGUAGUAAUGAACAGCACUGCAGAUUAUUUUAAUUGUGACACAGUUUUGGGCGCCCAACAAAACGAGGGAGAGCCAGACGUGACUGACUUACAAGACCUGGAUCUUGACAACAUGACCUGGGAGAUUGAAUGUACAGCAGGAUUGCUGAAGAAACUUCGUAGCAGAGAUGUACCUCAGAGGAUGAAAGAAAGAACUAUAAAUGUAAUUCAACAACUUGGCAACGGAGAAUGGACUCAGAGUCUUCAGAAGCCGCUCAAGCACCUGAAAAGCCCCAUCAAGCUUUUCGAAGCUAAACUUAACAAAGGAGGAAGAAUGCUGUGGGAACUCGCAGUAGAUUUCUCCCCGCGUUGCAGUGAAAAGCCAGAGAAGAUCUUUGAAACGGAGCUGUCCUCUCACCAUGCGGAGAGGACCACAGGAAGGGUAUACAGUGAGAUUAUUCGAAUUUGGGACAUUGUCCUAGACCACAACAAACUUAACCAUGCUUUGGACAUGGUCCAUAGUGCUUAUAACAGAGGGUCAUCGUGCAUUCUCAGGAAAAAGCUUAAAGUGAUAAAUGAAGUGCCACUUAGUUCCAGUUUAAGCGUCCAAAAAAGGAUCCCAUUGUUCUUUGUGGAAUAUGUUGACUGGGAAGAAAUGAAAGAGAAUUUAUUACCUGAAUAUUUUCCACCUGCUAGUGCAGUGGAGACAGAGUAUAACAUCAUGAAGUUUCAUAGCUUCAGCACCAACAUGGCUUUAAACAUCAUUACUGAUAUAGAGUCUAAAGCUGAAUACCCUUUCAGAGUAGGAGAGCUGGAGUAUGCAAUAAUUGACCUAGUCCCUAAGCCGUUAGAAACCAUCAUUUUGAUAGGAAGAAGUGGAACUGGGAAGACUACUUGCUGUCUUUACAGGCUUUGGAAAAAAUUUCAGACCUACUGGGAAAAAGCUCAAGAGGUUGGAGGGCCCUGGCUUGUUCGACAACUUGGGUACAGAAGGAAGCCUAAGAAGGAGGAGGAGGUUGAUGAUGAGAAAGAUACUGCAACAGCAGAUGAUGGAGCAGAGCCCCUUGAUGAUGGUGAUAAAGACAUAAACUGUGAGGAUGAAAGCUGUAAUGCAGAAUGUAAUGGAAUGGCACUUUCUUGCCUGGAUAACCACGAGUUGAUAACUAGUCAGUCUGACGCACCAAUGAAUCCUGAUGGAACCGACAAACUGGAAAAUUUACAUCAGGUCUUUGUUACCAAAAAUCAUGUCUUGUGCCAGGAGGUCCUAAGAAACUUCGUCGAGCUUACCAAAUCCACCAAGGCUACCGGCCACUUCAAAGCACCAGAUGCUACGGUUCACAGACUUCAGGACAUUAAAGAUGAGAACUUCCCCCUGUUCAUUACCUCGAAGCAACUGAUAUUGCUACUUGAUGCCUCCCUGCCAGACCCAUUUUUCCCACGAAAUGAAGACGGUAGUCUGAAGAGGAGCAUUGUGGGCUGGUCUGUUUGUGAAGAUACUAUGGUGCCAGAUUUAGUAGAUGAAGACGAGGAAGAUGAUCACGAGGAUGACUUUCCAGAUGAUGAACACAAAGCUGCAGAGGGUCACAGCAAAGAACAUGAUUCCCGCAUCUUUGUGACAUAUGAGGUAUUUGCCCAUGACCUGUGGCCGAAAAUGAUGAAAGGCAAACCUCAGUACAACCCAGCUUUGGUGUGGAAAGAGAUCAGAUCUUUUCUAAAGGGUUCCAUUGAAGCGUUAACUAGUCCUCGUGGUUAUCUUACAUUGGAACAGUAUAUUAACCUGGGAAAAAAGAGGGCCCCAAACUUCCAAGAAGAUAGAAGUGAAAUUCACCGUCUCUUCCUCAUGUACCAGCAAAUAAAAUCACAGCGAGGAUGUUUUGAUGAGGAAGACUUGCUACGCAGCCUGUCACUGCGUUUGUCCAAGUUGGAUGAACUACCAUGGUCUAUUCAUGAACUAUAUGGAGAUGAGAUACAGGAUUUUACCCAGGCAGAGCUUGCCCUGCUCAUGAAAUGCAUUAAUGAUCCAAAUUCCAUGUUCCUUACUGGGGACACUGCUCAAAGCAUCAUGAAAGGGGUAGCUUUUCGCUUCAGUGACUUGCGUUCCCUGUUCUAUUAUGCCAGUAUCAAGCAACAAUCCAAUGUAAGGGUACCAAAGAGAAUAUACCAACUGCAUCAAAACUACCGAUCACAUUCAGGUAUUUUGAAUCUGGCCUCUGGAGUAGUGGACCUUCUCCAGUACUACUUUCCUGAGUCCUUUGACCGCCUGCCCAAAGACACUGGCCUGUUUGAUGGACCACAACCCUCUCUGUUGGACUCUUGCAGUGUCAGCGACUUGGCUAUUUUACUGAGAGGAAACAAACGAAAAUCCCAGCCAAUAGAAUUUGGAGCUCAUCAGGUCAUUUUGGUGGCAAACGAAAAGGCAAAAGAGAUGAUACCAGAAGAGCUUAACCUGGCCCUUGUUCUGACCAUAUAUGAAGCCAAAGGGUUGGAGUUUGAUGAUGUCCUCCUCUACAAUUUCUUCACAGAUUCGGAAGCUGACAAGGAAUGGAGAAUAAUAUCCUCCUUCCAACCUUCACCUCAAUCAACAGACCAGCAUGCACAGUUACUGGAGCAACCAAUAGAAGAUAUUGUUUCUCAGACCAGACCUCUUGAAUUCAAUGCAGAACUACACAAGCUCCUGAAUGGGGAACUAAAGCAGUUGUACACAGCCUUUACCAGAGCCAGGGUCAACCUAUGGAUCUUCGAUGAAAAUAAAGGAAAACGUGGCCCAGCAUUUGAAUAUUUCAUCAAAAGAGGUUUUGUCAAAGUUGUUAAACCAGAUGAGAACAAAGAGCUUGAUGACAGCAUGUUUGUUAAAACUUCAACAAAUGAAGAAUGGGUAGAAAGAGGAGAUUACUUUGCCAAGCAUCAGUGUUGGAAGGUUGCUGCCAAGUGUUACCAGAAAGGUGGUGAGAUUGAAAAGGAGAAGCUUGCAUUAGCUCAUGAUGCUGUGCUCAAUGUUCAGACGAAAAAAAGAAGCCAAAAAGCUAUUCAAAUGGAAUAUCUGGCUCUGGCUAAAACGUACCUGGAAUGUAAUGUGCCGAAGCUCUCUCUGAAGUGUUUGAGGAAUGCAAAAGAAUACAAACUCUGUGGCGAUCUCUCUGAGAAAUUGGGAAAGAUGAAAGAUGCUGCCACCAUGUACAGAAAAGCACAAUGUUACAAGCAGUCCGCAAAAUGUUAUGAGCAAGUGGACGAGUUUGAGUUGGCACUAAAAAUGCUUUGCUGUGGUGAAUUGUACAACGAUGCUGCUCAGGCUAUUAAAAGGUAUGAAACCAUACUUUGCAAAAAGAAGUAUCCUUUCACCAAACUUCCCUACACUGCGGAUCAAUUCUGGUUAGAGGCUGCUGCAAAGUAUCUGAGGGAGCACAAACCCAUGGAAAUGAUGAAUUCUCUGUCUUGCCUUCACCCUGAAGAUCAAUUGGUCUUUUUGAAGGCAAAGAAUUGUGUGCAACAAGCAGCUGAGCUCUUAAAAGAGCAGGGACGUGAGGAAGAAGCGGCUGUCUUGAUGCGGGAGCAUGGAAAGCUCCAGGAGGCAGCAAGACUUUCCAAUAAGAAGGAAUUUCAAGCUGAAUGUCUUGUUGCUGCAGCUCGAGUGAGUCUACUGAGAGGGGAGGGAAAAGACAUCAGUGGCUCAGACAAACUAGAGAUAUUAGAAGAAGCAAUAAAUCUCCUCGGGAACACAGAGCACCUAGUGUCUGGUUUAGCUGAAGCCUUGCUACUGAAAGCAGUGAUAACCAAAAAUACCGAUGAUAUCCUGGCUGCUCUCAAUCAGUUUAGAAGUGAAAACAACAGUGCGGGGAUGGUGGAGACCCUCUUUGUUUUCCUGCAACAUGAUCGUAAGCGGGCAAUGAAUUUUCAACCCUCAUUGAACUGUUUAGAGGUUUUGCUUCAGUUGGUGAAAGCCUUCGACAAGCCUCACAACAAUGCUGAGAAAGAAAUGGUCAAAGCAUCCUAUGCUUUUUGGGGGAUUUUACAUGUGGAUGCCCAGUACGGUAGAAUUCCAAUAUUUGAAGGAGCAAGAAUUCUGCAGCUGAUAUCUGACCCAGAUCUCAAGGAAAAGAUGGAAAAGGAAGGCAAUUUUUAUAAAUGCGAAGUAAAAGAACUUAGGAAGUUGCUACAGAAACACCUAUUGCUCCGCUUUUGUCACUUUGCUGAAGAAAUUAAGAAAGCAGGACUGAGUGUUCCAGAUGUUUGUCCAAAGUUUGUCUGUGGUUUGGAGUGUACCUCCUCGUCAUGUCAUGACCAUCAUCACUUCCUACUCAGGCAUGAAGCACAAAAAUCCUUUGCAGCUAAGUUUUACCUGACAGCACUUAAUGGCAUGUUGGUGGAAGCCAAACAUUUCUUCACAGAAAAGAUGUUUCCAGAUGUUAAAAAAAUUGAAGAUAUCCUCACUGGAGAUCAGUACGCUUUAUGCAAGCCUCUGUUAUGUGCCGUUUUUCCAAAACAUUUCCAUCAGAGAAUUGUAUCGGAGAACGCAGCAGCUUGCAAAAUUGUCUUGGGGUUGGUGAAUUCCAUUAAAUACAACAGCUUCAAAACUGUGUUAAGGAUGUACAUUGCUUCUCGCUUUGAAUCCUCAACAGCUCGGGAUCGCAGAGAGUCAACAGACCUUUGGCUUGAGGCCCAACAGGUUUACCUUCUAACUUCCGACUAUCCCAAUAAAAUUGAAUUCUUGCUCGAAAAAGAAGAAAGUGCGUACAGAUUUGAACGAGCGAAGCAGUCAACAGAGAAACAUGAAGACAAGAAAGUCCAGAGCAAAAGAAGGAAAGACAGAGGACCAGAGGGGAAGUUUGGGAUGCUGAAUACAAAGACGCUGCCCUUGUGCUUCUUUAGGCUGCUGGUUACAUCUAUGAAUGAAUUCUACAAGGGGAGAGACCCAGAGAAGUGCAUUCACACCUUUUUUCGUUUCAUGAAUGUACCAGUUAUGAAAUGUGUUGAGCCACUCAUCCCAAGCAUUGUGAACACUGUCAUGAUGCUCGAGUUCCAGUUUGUUUUAUGCUGCUCUGUUCUUAUGCGUCUAGUGAAGAACCUCACAUUCUGCCUCCCGAGGAGCUUCAUUGCACUUUUUUAUUAUUGGGACUUCAUGUUCAAUGGAAAGAAUGCCUUUAGUAUCAUAAAUGAAUACAAACCAAAGGAUUCACAAGGAGCAGUUUACAAAAUGAGACGGCACCUCUUCUACCUGGUCAAAGUUUUGUGUGGAUGGUUUGAGAACUUCAAUGUCCUUCUGGAUGCAUUUAGUAAUGUAGAGAAUACUUUAUCGGGAGAGGCAGAGAGAACAGUAGUUCUGUGUCUCGUAAUGUUGGUGAACAUUGAGCUUAUUGCGGACCCACAGAUUGAGCAAAUGAUCAGAUAUAACUUCAAUGAGGCGGAAAAACAUUUGAAUGAAAUUGUUGCUGAACACAAGUCAAAAGUUCCAGUCAGACUUAUCAAAGUUGUAGAAAAAGUUAAUGCUGCACGCAGUCUUAAAAUGGUAGUGGAUGCCCUUGAAGAGUUGCUGAAUGAGAGGGACGGAGAGUAUUUGCAUGACUGUGAAUGGCGAUGGGAGCACCUUGGCCCUGGGUCAGUGCGGGGGAUUUAUUUUCAGAAGUUGAAGGCUGACCGAUUCAGUAAUGAGUUCCAAACGGAAAUUCAUGAGAUUGUAUUUGAGCCAAAGGAAAAUAAAACUGCCCCUGAAGUUGAGCAGCACCUUGAGGAAAGUGAUGAUCAUCUCCAGGACAUUGCCUCCACAGUGCAGAAAAAGAAUAUUGUGAAACAGAGAUGGCGGCGUCUUCUGCAUGUAAUUCUGUUUUGUAAAUACUUGCUUGCAGCUUCAAAGCAGGGGACUUCAGUUGCCAACAAACAAAGCGAAGCCAUUCCUAGCAACUUCAGGGAAGCCCAAAUAGACAGUACGCAGUGCGAUCUCUGUGGAGUGAAAUUUUCCAGUAGCUUCAAAAGCUAUAUUAAUAUCCAUGAUCAGGAUUAUGAAGAGGCCACCAACCAGACAGAGUUAGUCACAGAUAACUGGGAAGAGAUGGGAAGUCAAGCUGUGGAAUUGACGGAAUCUUUUCUCACUCACAUUAGUCAUGAGGAUCACAGAGCAAAGAAGGCUGCAUAUGAUGAAUAUCUGAAAUGGUUCAUACAAUGUGUGGAGCCUAUUUUGAGAGAAGGUCAAAAUAUACUGCAGAGCUUUGAGGAAACUGCCAUCGAUUACUUGGCCUCAAAAGAGCAAUCCAGAGUAAUCUAUGAAAAACUGAAGAAUAAUAUCGAUGCAACUUCAACUGCAAUAAACGCCAUCUAUGUCCAUAAAAAAUGGGCAGCAGGCAGGACAGCACUGUUACAAAAAGUUUUGACUCUUCAGGAAAUUGUACAAGAGGCUGUUCAUUGGCAAGAGGAGAUCUCCCUGCGCAGGAAUGAUGAGGGACCUAAAAGUAACCAGCAAGGAGCUGGUUUUGAGGAAGAUGUUGAAGAAGAUCAUGCAACCUUUGACGAGUUGCGAAGAACUACAAAUAAGUUAUCGAAAAGGAAAAGAAAACGCUAGCUGAGAGAGACUAUGAAGAUUGUUUUUGUGCUGUUGGGGAAGUAAUUAGAUCAACUGGAGGCAAAAUUUAAUAAAUAUUUUAGAUACCUCCAUUUUUCUAAAUUUCUUAUUGUUUAGAACUUUAUUGAGCACAGUUUGCUGUUACUUAGGUACUUCAACAAGGUUGAUGGAUCUUUUUAAUUGGGACCAACUUGAGUAGCUCCAUGAUCGGUGCACAUUUCAUAAAUCUAUUUUUUACGAACUCUUUUAUGUAGCAUAGUUUGAUGUUCUCAGUGUAAGUUUUUAAAAUUGUUAGAACCGAUUUUGCCCAACAUUCCUUUGCUAUUGUCGCCCAUCAAUCCUGACAGUGUAGCACGUCUACGGUGCAAAGUUUGAAUGUUCUUUUUUCUAAAUGGCAGCGGUGAGAAUUUCCAACCAAUUGGCUUUAUUUUUCUGAGUGAGUAUUUUUACCAUUACUGUUUUUACCAUUGUUAUUUUCAUAAAGAAAUCCACUGUUUAUUUUCUAUGGGGAGGGAAAGGGUGGGAUCAUGUUAUUAGUAGUUGAACAUCUCCACUUAGACAGCGAAUUUUGGUUGCAUCAGGGAAAUGAGUUGAGUUUUUGAGAACAGAUGUUAUUGCAUCUCCGCGCUAGUUUCAGUAAUGAAUAUAGAAUAUGUACGUAGUUGUCAUGAGUUUUUAAGUUGGAUAAAUCUUUACAUUAAUCAUUAAUUAUAAUGGACUCUCAAAUAAAGAAACUGCUCAUCCUGUGCAGUACCAUUGGAUAUCAGUUUGCUAGUAUCCUCCGGUGGCAGUAAGGAGUAUGGCAGUGAUUGUAGAUUUUACACCAGCUCCUACUUUCAUUGACUUUUUUUGACAAUUUGUGACUUUUGCUCCCAAUUACACAAGUCUAAUAUUUCAGGUUAUUCGUGAUUUUUAUUACCGUUAGUUAAAAUUAUAUGGCCAGUUUGUUAAGAGCAUAAUGAAUACUAUUGAACUGCAAUGAUUAUAUUUAGUGUACCUGUUGAAGUAUUUAGCCAAUUUAGUUGUUAAGAUUUCAACGUUUAUAUUUAGAAUUUUUUUACUGAUGCAUAAUGUGGUCCAAAAUAGAAAGGAAUCUAAAAUCAUUUUCUUGAUAAACAAAAUGUUGCAGGAAGAAUACUUUUACUGAACCUUUUAUUUGGAAUUUAUUGCAGGGCAAUAAAGUACAACAAACUUG